AUGCUAGCCGCUGUUGACAGUGACGAUGAUGACAUGAAAAAUAUCGACUCUUCUAAUGUUGGGAUUAUUAAUGAUUCUGACCGAGGUAUGCUCGAUGCCGAUUUUGGUAGUUCACGAGAUCAAGAAAUAUUUAACUUCGAAGAAUUAAAUAAUUUAGAAAUGCCAUUGAUUUUCGAUGAAUUGCCCAAUGAAAUAUCCUUACAAGAGGAAGUCAUUGCAUGUUACGAAGAAUUGGCAGAUGUGAUCGAGGAUAAUGACAUUAGUCUUAGUGAAGAAAGAGUUGAAAACGGAAAUGCUUCACCGGAAGCAAUAAUGGACAAUCCAUCGAAUCAACUCAUCCAAGCUCAAUUAGAAGCCGCAUUAAAAUCAAUUCAUACUUUUGCAGAGUCUUCUGUCAAGAGUCAUAUUAUAGAGGAAAAAAAAAAAACAUGUACUUUUCGUUGA